AAAUUGUCGAGGUGACGCACCAAUCGUUAUACGAAACCUUGACCUUCAAGUGCUCACUAACCUCUGUCAGUGGAUAAUGCCACUGGGUCGUUGCCGCAGUCACUGAAGUGAUCAUAAAAGUUGCCCGAGUCCGCUUUGACUGUUUUUUUUCGAUGACUUCAAUGCUUAGGAAAAUUAUUAUUUUGUCAAAGUUAUUUUGCACUUUGCGCAGCGACUUCACACUUUGUGAACUUCUCAAAGCAAAUUUGUCUCCCUAAGCAAAUAAAGUAGGAGAAAUAAAGGAGAGCAUGGUGUUGAUUUUGGGGAAAGUUUAACAAUUUGAGGAAGAUGAAGGUGUUCAUUUGGGAGCAUUUCCCAUUACAUUGGUGCACCAAUCUUUGCUCUUACUCUCUUUAAGAUAAUAAAGGGAAAUAUUUGAAUGAAAUUUCCUCAAGGAAUUGCCUCUGUAUCUUCCUAAUGUUCACCUUUGUUUGCUUGGAUUACUAAUAAUGACUGAGAACGAUUGUACUCUGUUGAAGUACACUUUAUUAGAUAACUAUAAGUUCGUGAUGACAAAUUAUUAAAAAUAUGGAUCAUUUCUUUGCUGUUGUCCUAUUUCCAAAUUCUGAGUUAUUACGUGUUCUAGGGAAUCUGAAGUUAUCUUUACCAUUUUCAGGAAAUCUUCUGGAUAUGAGUUGCCGCUAUAUCCCUUCAUUAAUACGGAAUGCGCCUCGCUUAAAGACCCGAGGGAUCGAAAUUUUGCGCGACCCACGGACAAAUAAGGGUUCCUCGUAUACUCUCCAUGAACGCCAACUUCUGGGGAUUCAUGGACUGUUGCCACCGAAUCCUCAAAAUCAAGAUGUUGAGGAACAACGAGUUAUUUCAAACCUUUAUCAGCUAGAUGAUAAUCUUAGCCGUUACAUGAUGCUAAUGUCCCUCCAAGAUCUUAACGAAAAGCUGUUUUAUCGGACUAUCAGAACACAUUUAGAGUAUUGCUUACCACUUAUUUACACACCUACUGUUGGCUUAGCAUGUUUGAAUUUCGGUUUUGUUUUCCGAAGGCCUCGAGGUAUUUACAUUACAAUUCAAGAUAGAGGACAUAUUUUUACUUUACUAAAAAAUUGGCCUGCUGAUACAAUCAAGACUGUAGUCAUGACUGAUGGCGAACGUAUAUUGGGUUUCGGAGAUAUGGGCGCUAAUGGAAUGGCUAUUCCUCUAAGCAAGGCUGUUCUGUACACUGCCUUAGGAGGCUUACAACCUUAUCAUUGCCUACCUGUGAUGUUGGAUGUUGGUACGAACAAUGAAAAGCUUCUGGAGGAUGAGUUUUAUGUUGGUCUUCGUCGGAAACGGGCCACCGGAGAAGAAUAUAUUUCUUUCAUGGAUGAAGUUGUGGAGUCAUUGUCUGCACAUUAUGGACCGAAUGUUUGUCUGCAUUUUGCAGAUUUCAAGAAUUCAAAUGCUUUUCAACUUUUAGAGAGAUAUCGUUCGAACUACAUAACAUUCAAUGAUGACAUACAAGGUUCUGCUGUGGUUAUUGUAUCAGGUCUAAUGACUGCAUCCAGAGUGACACAAAAGAAAAUAUCUCAGAACAGUUAUCUCUUUUAUGGUGGCGGGGGAGCUUCUAUCGGCAUAGCACGUUUGUUAGUACAAGCAAUUAUGGAGGAGGGUUUCUCUGAAGAUGAAGCUAAAUCACGUAUUUUUAUAAUGGAUUCUAAAGGUUUAAUUGUCACAAGUCGUGAACUUAGUUCAGCAAAAUCAGAAUUCGCUCGUUCUGAUUAUCCUCAAAUAGAUUCACUUUUGGAAGCUAUUCGAUUAAUUCGACCUUCUGUUUUAAUUGGUGCUUCUGGACAAAGUGGUGCAUUCACGCGUGAUAUUCUUCGUGAACUGUCAACAAUCCAUAAGACUCCUAUCAUAUUUGUCCUAAGCAAUCAAUCAAAUCUCGGCGAAUGCACUUCUCAGAUGGCUUAUAAGGCUACAGAAUGGCGAUGUAUAUUUGUCAGUGGUUCUUCUUCAGAACCUGUUCGAACACCAGAUGAUCGUUUAUUAAAACCGAGUCAAGGAAACAACUGCUAUGUUUUUCCAAGUUUGGUUAACGCAUUAUCAUUGGCUGUCAUUCGUCCACUAACUUAUAAAUUGCUAUUGACUACAGCAAAGGUAAACUACAUUAUUACCUGUUGUUUUUUUCUUUCUAACUUGGUCUUUUUUGUAAAAAAAAAAAGUAACAAAUUACUAUGCAUAUUGAAUUUAUUAUGAUUUCAACCUAAUGUAGGCGUUCGUUUUCACAAAUGUUGUUUAAUAAAAUGUAAUGAUCAGUACUUUUGAAAAUACUAGUUGUCCAAAAUCUAUAGAAGCAUCUUGACCAAAAGAUAUUAACUUAAUAAUAGUGUUAUAUUUAAAAUGUUUCUAAGCAGUCUCAUCGCACUUAGCACGUGAUAUGAUGGAAAGAAAAGUCAAUUUUCGAUUGAAUUACUCAUUAUGAGUUUUAUUCAGCAUUACAUCCGUUUGAUUCAACGUGAGGAUCAUUUAGUGUAGUAUUCGAGUUGUUUUCUCAGUGUGAUAUUUCCUUCUCUAUAAUAUACGAUAUUCUUGUAUUCACUUGACAUGAACUAUGCUCUGUAAGUGAUUUGUUAUGACUGAGUAUGUGAUUUCAUCCUAAUUAAUAAUAAAAAUGGGUGUACAAUCAAUAUAUAAACCAGUGUAUUUUAGACUAUUUUGAUUCGUCGUUGUCAUAGUGUUUGGGGCUAAUAAAUCUUCACUUAUACCAGUCUUGUGUUCUUAUUUUCGCAUUGUGGGAAUUGCCGUGGUCCCUCGUUCCGAGUUUAAGUGAUCAGCGUUUUUGUUUUUCCGGCACAACACGUCUGACACCGAGGUUUCUGGAUCUUAGUAGUCAUUUACGAAGGCUACCAACCCAUGAUUUAUAAACUCCAGAGACAUUUAACUCUUCAUUUUUACAUAUUAGUGUCCCAUGUACAGCACGGAUAUGCCACCCACGCAUGUCGAAGAAUCCAAAUGAAUGCUAAUGUCGCAACUCUUGCAUUACAACUAAAAUACCCUGUGGUAUCUUCAAAAAUAAAAUUUUGCGAUGUGUGAGAGUGGGAGUAAAACGUGAUUGGUCAUUGAGUGUGGACAAACAGCCACAACCUACUGACUAUUAAAUAUAUGAUUUCUUUCCCUCUCAUUGAUUUCUACUCCAGACCACUGAGUGUGACCGUUUGUAUUUGUGUAAUAAAAUAUUAUCUAGUGUUAUUUUGGGUCGUGAAUCAUGGAUCGGAUAUAAGGUGACUAUAUUCAUUACCGUAGUAUACCUGAGUGAAAGGGAAAUAAUUUUAAUCAUCCUUUAUAUCGCUUUACCUUUAGGACACUUCUCCAACCACAUACGUCAACGGCAAUAACAACUAUACUUACUUACUUACACCUGUUACUCUUAAUGGAGCAUAGGCUGCCGAGCAGCAACUAAUGAUAGUAAUUAUUUUACAUCACCAACGUAAUGACGCGUGGUAGUGUUGGCGCUAAAAUCGGUCCUUUUUGUAACACAUGGGGUGAACGUUGACAGAACACGUACCCAAUAUCUCAGUAGUUAAUUGGAACCCGAUGGAUAAGUUUGGUCAGAGGCACAUUCACUAGUGGAUUUACUCAAACCCAUUCACUAAAUUUUUUGUAUCAAUAAAUGAAUGGCCUUACUUAAUCCCCAUAAUGUGCUCGUCGAUGGCCCUUAACAGCAAGAUAACCUGUAGAUCCAUGAUUUUAUUUACAUGUUUCUGAGCUCUCAAUAGUCAUAUUAGCUUAGAAUUAAGUAUGUCUAGGGUGGUGUGGACACCUUCGCUCUAAAUGUAAUAUCAUAUUCAACUUAAUUCUUUGGUAUAUAAUUCCGUACUAUUUAUAAAAUUGAGCUAUAUUCAAUCAUUUAUAAAUUUUGUAUAUUGUAACAAAUGUUAUUUCCUUGUCGUUAAGAUUCCUUACUAUACAAUACAUUCUUAUGCUUUAUAUUUAUCCAGUCAUUCAAGAGUCAGUCAGGGAUUCGGUGAAGAAAUCUCUUUCAUUGAUUUUAUUCUCAAAGAUAUAUGAAACUAUCUGAAUUAGUUACAGACGAUGAUAUACGUCAAGGUAGUAUGUAUCCAUCAAUUGCUAGAUUGCCAACAAUUACAAAAGAAGUCUCUUGCGCUAUUAUGGAACAAGCAUACAAGGAUAAAAUUGCAUUUUUUACUCCGGAACCAUAUAAUAAGAUGGAAUUUAUUGAAUCUUACUAUUAUGAUCAUAGAUAUAUUAAUUUUACACCCGAUCAGUAUGUUUGGUAGCCAUUUUGGCGCAUUUCUAUUCCAAUUUUAUCGUCAAACUGGUAAGAAUGAUUUCAACACAUGUAUUAAUAGUGUUUGGCUACUACUUAUUAUCUAUUCAUCUUAAAAUUUUGUUUUAAAUAUCGAUGUUCGUUGUAUUCAUACAUUUCUUCUGUAAAAUGAUUUUUCUAUUAAACGGUUUGUACCAACUGUGAAAAAUGUUUUUCAGUAAAUAACUAUACCCUUCAAUUGUAGUGAUUAAAAAAGUAAUAGAAAUUAUGUCGUCAACGUAUGUCUUAGAUGUUCAAAAUGUAUUAAUAGCUUCC